AUGGGUGGCGCCAUGAAGAUGCGGCCUAAGCCAACUGUGUCAGAGGUGUCGCUGCGCCGGUGUGAGGCGGAAUCGCGCCGCAUUCAAAGUGCCAUCUGGGCGCUCUCCUCGGAAGGGACGCAACGGUGCAAUCGCCUCCGCCGAGGGCGAAUGAGAGCGACUGAUGUUGUUCUUCCAACCAGCAAAGGAAGAAAAUCAAAGAGUUCAGAAGAGUUUGGUCUUGAAGUGACCCAGAGUGACUGUUCUACUCCGACCGCAAACUAUGUACGCCUCACAACAGAAUUAAUUGUUCCCGAGAGGCGAGUGCCUCCGCCGGAGUAUCAGCUGGUGCCGGGUGUGGGUUGGUACCGACUGUACCUGGCGCCCCUCACCUGGGGCAAGGCGCGCCUGGCGUGCGAGGCAGACGGCGCGCACCUCGCCGUCCUCAACUCCAAGAAGGAGGCCGCCGCCCUCAAAGAGAUUUACGUAAAGGCGCCGGGAAGCACACCGACUGACGCGUUUAUUGGAUUCAGCGAUCUCAUCGAAGGGCAAUAUCGCACUAUCUUCGGAGACACUUUGGAGGAUGCUGGAUUUAAGGAAUGGCAUACACAGCAGCCAAAUAACUAUGGCGGUAAUCAGAAUUGCGGUGCAUUCACGAAGGGUGAGGGUAAACUCAAUGACUGGGAUUGUGCAGGUACACAACCUUACUUCUGCGAGUUUGAACUGUGAUUCAGUGCUAAUGAACGGACGGUAAACGGAAUCAAUACUUCAAAAGAGUGAUCUGUUCCAUCAGCAAAUAUAUCACCUCUAUUUUAAUAUUAAAUUACAUUCAGCACAAUAAUGUUAAACACCUUCAUUUCAAUUUUAUUGAAAUUAUAUGAUUUUUAAACAUGACUUAAUGAUCUUCAGAAAUGUUUCAAAUUGUACUCUUUUCCUCAUUAAAUAUUUUUAUUAAAUCUAUUACGGACUAUAAAGUAUUGAGACUAUAAACUGCUGUAGAAUUGAGCGAGGUAGAGUGCGUAAGAAAUGAAAACAAUGAGAACUACCGUUUUUCUGUGUAUUAUCAAAAACAAUAUAGUUUUCCGUUUCCGCCAACUGUCGCAACAGAUGUUGUGGAAGCUCUUGCAGUGGACAUUUUAAUUAGCUCCAUGAUUCAUUAUCAUACAUUUCAUAGUAUUUACCUGCCUCCUGUAGGCAUAGCAAGUCAUGCAGCAAAUACGAGAACAAUGCAUACAAUGUUGCAUUGCACUAAUAAUUUCCCUGCUCUGAAGUUGGAUAAUAGUAGACUAGAUGCCAUAAACAAUAUUUAAUGUCAUAAAAUAAAUGAGUGAAUAUUUAAGCAAAGAAACAUACAUUGAUAAAUUGACGAACAUUCGAAGCUAAAUUAAGUCCAUGAUAAGGGCCAGCAAUUAAUUAAGAAGCCACAAAAGGAUGUACACUGUUGUUUUUAAAAAUUGCAACACUAAGAAGGGGAUAUUCUAUUACAAUGUAAUUUAUGCCACAGAUUAGGAAUAUCACAAUAUUUGUAUACAAAUCAUUAGAAUUACAUAAUUUUACCAGC